CCUCGUGCAUAAGUGGUUCAUCCCUGAUAAGGUCACGUUACUGAACCUGUGGUCUAGAUACACCCAGAGUUAACGAGCAACAGACCUUGGUUUUGUAGGUUUUCGUCCGACAUUUUGGUUUACAAGAAAACGCCUGUCUGUUUGAGACGUCCUCUGCGGAAGCAGUUGGUGGUGGUGAGUGACAACACAGGCAUCAGGGACUCAAGAUGACGCUCUUAAAGUCGUGUUGCUGUAUCUUCACUGUAAAGCUGGGCUCUGUUAUCACAGGUUUUAUCUUUUUGAUUCUUUGUAUUGUGGACAUUGGUGUGAAGGUUGGAUACCGAGAUGCAUACGGUGGAGUCGCCUGGUCCAGUCUGGUCUUUGACUUGAUCUUCAUUAUCUUCAACGUGUUCCUCAUCAUAGGGGCGUACAAUGACGUACUGUGGAUGUGUGCUUUGUGGGUAGUGGUGGCGCUUGUCUACCUGCUGAUUCUUCUCAUACAGAACAUCGUGGCAACUGUCACAGGGAACAGCAACAAGGUGAUUGGAGCUGGGAUCGUCCAAGGUGCCAACGCGGGGACUUGGAUCGUCUUCGUUUUUGUACUCUUAAUCAUGGUCUAUGGCCUGUUGGUUGUCGUCUCGCACUGCCAGAACCUCCGAGAUGAGGAGAUCAGGGUCCCGAGGGGAGAGCCGCCAGCCGAAGCCCGGGCGUAGCAAGGGAAGAGGGCAACUUGAGCGCCGGCCCACGUCCAUACCGAAGUCAUCGUACAUACAGAUCUAGACAAAGUUUACUACAAAUCACAGAUUUAUUCUUCUUCUGUUGUGAUAGAAAAAUAAUCACGCUCUAGUUUAUCUGUUCUAGGAGAAGUUGUAGUGCUGCCCGACAGAAGUCUGCUUUUUAAGUUUAAAAUUUAUCAUUUUGUAAAUCUUUUUAGGUUAAUAAGAUAGUCAUAUUUUUUCGAAAUGAAGGAAUAAAGUUGUGCCGCAUAACAUGAUUUUAAAAGAAGAACUACCAUGUAGUAUUUGAAUUAAAGGCCCUAAGGAAAAGAUACAACAUCAACUGAAAUUUCUAAAAUACUUUUUCCACUGCAAAGGAAAGACGACCCGAUAUUCAAAUACUCAGACCUAGGGACCAGUAACAGUCGCCGUUUUGAUCAUGUUGUGCGGCAUUUCGGGCAGGUGUUUUGUCGUUUGAUAUGAAAUAUGGCUUGUAAUGAACUAUAUCUAAAGUAAAGCUCCAUCUUAGCUUAGAAUAUUUUUUAUAUUGUACAACAAAGUGUUUGACUUUCUCAUUUAGUGAGAAAUAUAGAUUUAGAUUUAUGUUUGUGAUGUAUCGCAUUCAAAUGUUUCUCAACAAACGUAUUGAGCAAAUGAUGUUUGUUCUCUUUGUGUAAUCGUCUUUUUCGUUAAUUUGAUGUUUGGUGAUAUAAAAUG